UUCACAAAUUUCCCAAAUUCUAUCAGGUUCAUUUAAGCAUGUGGUUAUUUCUACUACCAGUAAAAUGAGUCUAUAAAUACCAUCAAAUCCAAGCGUAAACACACAAGUAGCAACAUUCAAUAAUUUUGGUCACAAUGCGAGGUAUGGGACAAAGUACUAGAGUUGCUCUUUUGGUUCUUGUUUUUUGUUGUUUCUUGGCUAGUCAAGGUGGGGUAGCCCUGGAAAAUGAAGAGUUAUGCUCUUUAGCUUCUGGAUAUGGAGAUGCUCUUGGCAAAUCUAUUACGUUCUAUGAUGGGCAACGCUCCGGGAAAUUGACACCAGACCAGCAAGCAAAAUGGAGGGCAGACUCUGCACUAUCUGAUGGCAAACCUGAUAAUGUGAAUUUGGUAGGAGGUUACUAUGAUGCUGGUGAUAAUGUAAAAUUUGGAUGGCCAAUGGCAUAUACUGUUACUUUAUUGAGUUUGGCGGCAACUGAGUACACAAAAGAGAUAUCUUCUGUCAAUCAGCUUGGUCGCCUUCGACGUGCAAUCAGAUGGGGCACUGACUACCUUAUGAAAUGUCAUACUUCAUCCACCACAUUUUACACUCAGGUAGGAGAUGGAAAUGCUGAUCACCAGUGUUGGGAACGUCCUGAAGAUAUGGACACUCCUAGAACACUCUACAAGAUAACUCCUAAUUCGCCGGGCACUGAGGCUGCAGCUGAAGCCGCAGCUGCUCUUGCUGCUGCUUCACUCGUGUUCAAGGCUGUUGACUCUAGCUAUUCUGCGAAGUUAUCAAGCCAUGCAAGAUCAUUGUUUGAAUUUGCAGAUAAGUAUAGAGGAUCUUUUAAAGAUUCUUGCCCUUUCUACUGCUCCUACUCAGGCUUUCAGGAUGAGUUGUUGUGGGGUGCAACUUGGCUAUACAAGGCAACUGGAGAAAGCAAGUACUUGAAUUUUAUAUCGAACAAUCAAGGCUGGAGUCAGGCAGUGAACGAAUUCAGUUGGGAUAACAAAUUUGCAGGAGUUCAGACAUUAAUAGCGAAGGAAUUCUAUGCUGGGAAGAAGAAUUUGGGCAAGUUUAGGACCGACGCAGAGUCAUUUGUAUGUGCAUUGAUGCCUGGAAGUAGCUCUGUACAGAUUAGAACAACUCCUGGGGGGCUACUAUACACUAGAGAUAGCUCAAAUUUGCAGUAUGUCACCAGUGCUUCCAUGCUACUAUUUAUCUACUCCAAAACAUUGGCAACAUAUCAUAUCAAUGGAGUCCAAUGUGGCUCUGCACGUUUCUCUGCCUUUCAAAUUAGAGCCUUCGCAAAAUCUCAGGUGGACUACAUACUAGGUAAAAAUCCAAUGAAGAUGUCAUAUAUGGUGGGGUUCGGAAGCAAAUACCCAACCCAAAUACACCAUAGAGGUGCAUCAAUUCCAUCAGUAAAAGUUCACCCAGCAAAAGUGGGGUGCAAUGACGGAUUCUCAAGCUAUUAUCAUUCUGACAAGCCAAAUCCAAAUAUACAUGUUGGUGCAAUUGUUGGAGGUCCUGAUUCAAAUGAUCAAUACAAAGAUUUGAGAUCAGAGUACUCUCGCGCUGAACCCACUACUUACAUCAAUGCUGCCUUUCUCGGUUCUGUCGCUGCUCUUCUACCACUUAACAUGGAGGCUGCAGAGUGCUCAAGAUUGUUGCAGGAAACUAACGCCAACAAAUCGGUUGAUUAUGUGUAACUAAUUAUUAAAUAAUUACUCCCAAUAAGAUCCUCAUUUGUUAAGAUUAAUAAGUAUGUGAUUAGCAGCAACAUUUUAGCUGUUGCUUAUUCAUAUGUAUUGCUCAAUGAGUGUGUUAAAAUGAAUGUAUUGUGCAUUCUUGCAUUAUAUAUUUAUAACAAUGCCAACAUUAUUAUGGUUC